GCCUUACGCUUCGCUCAGCGCAUCAUGUGUCACUCCCGAAGCUCCCAACCCACCAUGACCGUUCUGCGGGCCCCGACCCCAGUCCCUUCUACCAGCCCGGGCCCCCGACGAGGCUCCGGUCCCGAGAUCUUCACCUUUGACCCUCUCCCGGAGCCCGCAGCGGCCCCAGCCGCGCGCCCCAGCGCCUUUCGCGGGAACCGAAAACGCAGCCGCAGUUCUCUACCCUCGAGUGGUGGUAAGUGUCGCCGAAGUGGGCAGACGGGGUCGCGCCGCCCUGGAGCCGCGCGGGAACGAUCGGACGCCGGCGGCCUUGACCUGACCUGUCCCCUAUUUUGUCUCCCUCAGGUCCGGCGCCAGCUGCCAGCCGAGGAACCGAACCCCGCCAAAAGGCUCCUCUUUCUCCUGCUAACAAUCAUCUUCUGCCAGAUCCUCAUGGCUGAAGAGGGUGCGCCGGCGCCCCUGGCCUCGGAGGAGGCCGCCAGCGCCACGUCUCCGGCGCCCACCCUUGCGCCCCCGGUCCUCGAGCCCCUUAAUCUAACCUCGGAGCCCUCGGACUACGCCCUGGACCUCAGCACUUUUCUCCAGCAACACCCGGCGGCCUUCUAACCGUGACCUCCCACACACCCAGAAAAGAACUUGAAAAAACAGAAACACCAGGCGUACCUGGUGCUCGAGAGCGUAUCCCAAACUGGGACUUCCGAGGCCACUCAAACUCAACACUACAGGGAGACGCCAGCGGUGCUUGGGAGAGACGAAGGCCUGGACACGCCGAGGCUAGGCCCGUGGGGGAGGAGAGGUCCUUAACUUAUUUCUCAGUGCUUCUAAUUAAUAUUUAUAUGUAUUUAUGCAUAUCCUCCUAGGUGAUGGAGGGGCGUAUGUAAUAUUUAUUUUAACUUAUGCAAGGGUGCGAUAUGUGCCCCUGCUGUAAAUGCAGAUCAACUGGUAUUUAUCGAGCUUUGUGGGGCUGGUGGAGGCAGGGCACCUAGAACUGGGCAGUGGGAGAAGGAAUGGGAAGAGUGGGGGAGGACUCCCGGGCUGGAGUCAAGGAUGGUGGCGGGUCGUAGGUUUAGGGGUGACACUCUCCGUCCUCUAGCAUCUCAACUCUGCCGGUCUACCGUGUGAAGCUUCGGCCAGCUGUUGGGAAUAAGAUCCCUGGCCUUCGACCUCCUGGAAGUUGCCCCUAAGGGGAAGCUGCGGGGUUAGGGGUCGGUGGGCUAUCAGGGGGCGGCUGUCGGGGUCGCCCAGUAUGUUCUGUGAACACAAAUAAACUUGGAUUUACGAUCAGCA